GUUGAAUUAAGAAAUCUAAAGUUCUUCUUGCAUUGAAAAAUUGAGUUUAAAAGGCACACUCUAAUCCACAACUGUUCCUUAUUUGAAUUCUAGGAUUUACUUCAUAAUUGGGUGUUAAAAUUAGACAGGUUGAUUUUAGUUCAUUACUGGUAGAAAUCAGGUGUGUCAGUCUCACCUAAAUAUUCAAAUUGUAUUAUGUCAUGUGUUUUUCCUCUCCAAUUCCCUCCACUUUUAAUCUCUUUUGGUAUCUGCUACUUAUUGCAUUGGUUUCUCAUUUGAUAGACCCUCCUUGUUCUACUUCUGUAUCUUCUGCAUCUCCACAGUUGCAAAGCAACAGGAAGCUUGACUUUACUCUCAAAGAGCUUGUUUCUUGUUUUAAUUGUUGUCAGCUUUAGCCUUAUCUUUUAACUUUUCUGAGAUAAUUUUCCUAUUUCAGGGCCAUGGAGACUGUUGUAAAUCAACAUGGUCUGGAUAUGGAGGCUUUGAAGUCAACUAGGAUUCCUCUGACUAGUGGAGCUCAGAUGGGAGAUCCUGCAUCAUCUCAGUAUGCUGGAUCUUCCCAGGCAAUUGGAGUAGCAAAAACUUCUGAAGCUGGUUCAGCUGAAAAUGAGAUGUCUAAAGGAUCAAGUAGGCGACCUGUUGGGUCAAGCAGUGCAGGACAAGAUUAUUAUCAAGGUUCUGGAACUCAUAGGAAUAGUCAGUCUUUGGAUCAUGAAAGCCCAUCUAGUUUGGAGACUAGGUCUGCCAACUCACAGUCACAGGACAAACAGAUGAACCAAAAGAGAAAGAGGGGUGAUUCUUCAUUACCAUUGGAACGGCUUAUUGAGAACCCCCAUCAACUUGAUGCACACAAUGCUUUAGUUAAUACAGUUAAUGCACGGAAGGGGAAAAUGAACAAAGUUGAACCAUCAGGGAACUUUUUGUUUAAAGGUAGUGAGAAUAAUAGCUUCAAUAUGAUCCCAAGUAGUGGCCAAACGGAACAUUUUCCAUCAUUGUCCAGCAAUACGAGACUGAUGAAUAGAUCCAGACAGCAGGGUCAAAAUGUGCCAGAAAGGGUAGUGGAUUCAACAAAUAUUGCCAGUGUGAGGGCUCCAAGUUCAAAGUAUCCUGAAGAUGUGGAAGUUUCAUCUGCUCAUAAUGCUUCAGGACAACAGCAAGGAGGUCCGGUACCCUCCAUGCAUGAAGUGCUUUCUUCCAGGGGUGUAUGGAAUCAAAACAAGGCAGGGGCACCCUUUGAAAGGUCUCAAGUUCACAGGUUUUCUGCUAAUGUUGUUUCUGGCAAUGUAACAGCAGAAAUUCCCACACAACAGUUGACACAUGCAUCUGUUGGAUCAGGUGCUUUAGGGAAGGUUCAUGGAGGGAUUCCUGGCAAUUCUAGUUCAUUCCCAGCAGCAGAAUUCCCAGGUUUGAUGCAAAAUAGUGGUACUGAUUAUCAGAGGCAUGGAUCAUUGAAAGGUUCGGAGCAUGAUGGAGGUGGUGUGAAUAGGUUUUCUGAUAAUAGUAACAUUGUACAGGUUGGCUUGCAAAAUAGCGCUUCAGAAAAAUCUCCUGUUUCUCAGAGUACCACAUUUCCUUGCAUGUCUUUCACGGAACAACAGUUGAAACAACUCAGAGCCCAGUGCUUUGUCUUUUUAGCAUUCAGAAACAAUGUGAUGCAAAAGAAAUUGCAUCUUGAAAUUGCACUUGGAAACUCAAACACCUUUCCUAAAGAAGAUAAUGCAGAUGGUUCUCGCAAAGAGCUGAUUGACCAUAGAGGCAAAGCACAAUCAUUUAAUGAGCCCGGCAACAUCGGUGAAGUUGUAGCCCCAUUUGGAAGGUUGAAUAGUGUGCCUUCUGGUGCCUUACCUGCUGGAAGAUUCUCAGAGGCUGAUUCCUUAACCAAAGAAGCAGAAAAAUUUAAAAUGACAGAGGUCAGAAAUGGCCCUCCUCCUAACCUUUCAGUGGUUGCAGAGGAAAGGAAACAUCUUCUUGCUACAAGGAAGUUGGAGACUGAAAUUCAGGGUCAGGAGGCAGUGGAAUCACAUGCUUUUUCAACCAUGGCAUCACAACAACCUGAUUCUGCCACUAGAAGAGGUGGUUCUGCUGUUAGUAACACUCUGGAUGAUAUGGAGAAUGGUCAUCUUUGCAGUGGAAAAGCUGAUCAAGCCUUUCCUAUGAUGGGUAGAAAUAAGCAGGUGAAUCCAGAGAUGAGUAGCUGGUCUGCAAUCAGCAAUCAUAAUGAGGUUCCCACAGUGUCACUAGCAGCCUCUACUGUUCAGCAUGAGAUGCCAGAAAGAAAAGAUAAUGUUCCUAGUCAGCUUCACAGUCCUGAUGAUCUGAAGUCCUCUGAAUUUCAAACAAGAUCUGUCUCAGCUGGAUCCAAAGUUGCUACUAUUGAUGACCCACUAAGAAAUGGUGUCACUUUUCCCACAGAACGAGAUGAGGAAGAAAAGUCAGUAUCUACUGAUUCGUUGCCUUCUCCAAAGUACACCAUGUCAGAGAAAUGGAUUAUGGAUCAGCAAAAACGGAAGUACCUAGCUGAUCAGAAUUGGGUCCUUAAACAGCAAAAAACAAGGCAAAGAAUUGCUGUUUGUUUUAACAAGUUAAAGGAAAAUGUGAGCUCCUCUGAAGAUAUAUCUGCAAAGACCAAAAGUGUCAUAGAAUUGAAGAAACUUCAAUUAUUGGAGCUGCAACGCCGUUUACGGAGUGAUUUUCUGAAUGAUUUCUUUAAACCUAUCGCAACCGAUAUAGAACGCCUGAAGUCAUUUAAGAAACAUAGACAUGGUAGAAGGAUAAAACAACUUGAAAAAUAUGAGCAGAAAAUGAAAGAGGAGCGACAAAAGAGAAUUCGUGAGAGGCAAAAGGAGUUCUUUAGUGAGAUAGAAGUUCACAAGGAAAGGUUAGAUGAAGUGUUUAAGAUUAGGAGGGAACGUUGGAAGGGUUUCAAUAAAUAUGUGAAGGAGUUUCAUAAAAGAAAGGAGCGUAUCCAUCGUGAGAAGAUUGACAGAAUUCAACGUGAGAAGAUCAAUUUGCUCAAGAUCAAUGAUGUGGAGGGUUAUCUACGAAUGGUUCAGGAUGCUAAAUCAGAUCGUGUUAAGCAACUGCUUAAAGAGACAGAGAAAUAUCUUCAGAAGCUUGGAUCCAAGCUAAAGCAGGCAAAGACUAUGGCACAAAGCUUUGGGAAUGACAGUGAUGAGAUGCGAGAUACAACUGAAAUUGAAAAUGAAACUGCUGUUGAGAAUGAAGAUGAAAGCGAUCAGGCAAAGCAUUAUAAGGAAAGCAAUGAAAAGUACUACAUGAUGGCUCAUAGCGUUAAAGAGAAUAUCACUGAGCAGCCAACUUAUCUUCAGGGGGGAAAAUUAAGAGAGUACCAAAUGAAUGGUCUAAGGUGGCUGGUUUCACUUUACAAUAAUCAUCUGAAUGGCAUUCUUGCUGAUGAAAUGGGCCUUGGGAAAACUGUUCAGGUCAUUGCUUUGAUUUGUUACUUGAUGGAAGCAAAAAAUGAUAGAGGGCCAUUUUUAGUGGUUGUGCCAUCUUCAGUUCUGUCUGGAUGGGAGUCAGAAAUCAGUUUCUGGGCCCCUGAAAUACUUAAAAUUGUCUAUGCUGGGCCUCCAGAAGAGAGGCGUCGUUUAUUCAAGGAAAGAAUUGUACAUCAGAAAUUCAACAUCCUCCUGACAACAUAUGAGUAUCUGAUGAACAAGCAUGACAGACCAAAACUGAGCAAAAUACACUGGCAUUAUAUUAUAAUUGAUGAAGGUCAUCGCAUAAAGAAUGCUUCAUGCAAGUUGAAUGCUGAAUUGAAGCACUAUCAGAGUUCUCACAGAUUGCUGUUGACUGGAACUCCACUACAGAACAAUCUCGAGGAGUUGUGGGCACUACUUAACUUUUUGUUGCCUAAUAUAUUUAAUUCAUCAGAAGAUUUUUCUCAGUGGUUCAACAAACCAUUUGAGAGUGGUGGAGAUAAUUCUGCUGAUGAGGCCUUAUUGUCCGAGGAGGAGAAUCUGUUAAUCAUAAACCGCCUGCAUCAGGUUCUUCGACCAUUUGUACUUCGGAGGCUAAAGCACAAGGUUGAAAAUGAACUUCCUGAGAAGAUUGAGAGGCUAAUAAGAUGUGAGGCUUCUGCAUAUCAGAAGCUAUUGAUGAAGAGGGUUGAAGAAAAUCUUGGUUCUAUUGGAAAUACAAAGGUUCGAUCAGUGCAUAACUCUGUGAUGGAGCUUCGUAACAUAUGUAAUCAUCCAUAUCUAAGCCAGCUUCAUGCAGAGCAGGUGGAUAAUUUGGUACCAAAACAUUAUCUGCCACCAAUUGUUAGACUCUGUGGAAAGCUUGAGAUGUUGGAUCGACUACUGCCCAAGCUGAAGGUGACAGACCAUCGGGUUCUUUUCUUUUCCACAAUGACUAGGCUGCUUGACAUUAUGGAGGAGUAUCUUGUCAUGAAACAGUAUCGCUACCUUCGGUUGGAUGGACAUACAUCUGGGAAUGAACGUGGUGCUCUUAUUGAAAAGUUUAACGAACCAAAUUCUCCUUAUUUCAUAUUUUUGCUCAGCAUUCGGGCUGGUGGUGUUGGAGUCAAUCUUCAAGCAGCUGAUACUGUGAUCAUAUUUGACACAGACUGGAAUCCUCAGGUUGAUCUGCAAGCACAAGCAAGGGCUCAUAGGAUUGGCCAGAAGAAAGACGUGCUUGUUCUACGGUUUGAAACAGUCCAAAGUGUUGAAGAACAAGUAAGAGCGUCUGCUGAACAUAAACUGGGGGUUGCUAAUCAAAGCAUUACUGCUGGUUUCUUCGACAAUAAUACAAGUGCUGAAGAUCGCAGAGAGUACUUGGAGUCACUCUUGCGGGAGUGUAAGAAAGAGGAAGCUGCCCCAGUAUUAGAUGAUGAUGCUCUAAAUGAACGCUUAGCUCGUAGUGAGUCAGAGAUUGAUGUAUUUGAAUCAGUUGACAAGCAAAGGCGGGAAGAAGAGAUGGCAACAUGGAAGAAAUUGGUAACUGCACAAGGGAUUGAUGGUUCAAAGCCCCUUCCUCCCAUGCCUUCUCGCCUUGUUACAGAUGAUGACUUGAAAAAGUUUUGUGAAGAAAUGAAGUUAUUUGAUGUACCAAAGGCUGUAGUAGCAUCUAAUGUUGGGGUAAAGCGGAAGGGUGAACAUCUUGGGGGUCUUGAUACUAAGCAAUAUGGAAGGGGCAAGCGAGCAAGAGAAGUGCGCUCCUACGAGGAACAAUGGACAGAGGAGGAAUUUGAAAAGAUGUGCCAGGUUGAGACUCCUGAAUCCCCCAAAUUGAAGGAGGAAGUAAUUGGGAGGAACUUGCCAAAAGAUGCAUCAAUGGGACUUGCUGGUAGCUCAGAACCCAUUGUCUCACCUGUUUUGCCCCAACCACCACAAAUGGUGGGGGUUUUACAGGACACGCAGCAGCAUAUUAAAGAUGCAACACCUUCUAAACGCGGCCGUGGAAGGCCAAGAAGAGUAACUAUAGAGAAAUCCCCAAUUGCCGCAUUGCCUUCAGAACCUUCUGGUAUUGGCAAAGUGGAUACUGGGUUACAGAGAGGGGUAGAUUCUAGCUCUUUAGUGGCCUCUGCUCCUAAUUCUUGUCCUUCUUCUACUCCUAUAAUAGCAACUCCACAAAAUAGCACUGGAAUAGCUCCUGACUUGCAGCCAAGCACGCCUUCCCUUUCUGCCACCGCUGGUUCUCAAACUACACCUGCUGGCCCUUCUGCACCUGUGCAAUCAAGAGGUCAGGGUAGAAAGGUUCAGAGUGGAGGACAAGCACCUCGUAGGAGGGGAAAGAAACAAGAACCAGUGUCACAUGCUGCAGCUGAUAGUCCAGCAGGCCUUGCUCCAAAAGUAAAUGAGCAACCACAGAUUGAAUCAGUUAGUCCUUUGGACAGUGAAGUGAUUAACAUGAGUGGAACUGCUACAGCUGUUCCUUUAGCCAGUGUUGCUAUUGUAGAGUGCAGCAGUGGAUCUAAUGAUGCUAGCAUUACUUUGGAUUCUCAGUCUGCCCCUCCUUCUGCUGAUGCUCCAAUUCCUCAGUCCUCUCCACCUGUCCAAGUUAGAGGUCAAGGCAGAAAGGGUCCAACAGGCACAGGAACACCGCGGCGUAGGGUAAAGAAACAGGCACAAGGAUCACCUGCUAUUCCAGAUGUUUUAGCUGGUCUAGAUUCAAAAUUGAAUCCACAAUCACUUGAGAAGUCUGUUGAUCCUUUGGCUAGUAAAUCCAUUGCUUUGAAGAAUAAUGAAGAAGAUGCUCAAGAACAGCCAAAAGUUAUGCAGGAACAAAUGCAGAGAACAAAUGCACCUGCAGCUGUAGUUGGUGAGGAUCAAAAAUCAGCUGAACAUAUUGAUAUGGUUGGCCAACACAAGCAGCCUGAAAGUUCAUCACAGGUGCAGGAAGAUGCCAUGUAUUUUGAUCCUCCCAUGGGACAAAGUCAAAAUGCUGAUUUGCAUGGAAACACUUCUGUGACAAAGGAGGUUUCGUCUGUAGGCAGUGCUCCCAAGGGUAAAUCUGAGGAGUCCAGCAGUAAUGAAGGUGGGGCUGCCCAGGCUGCACCUGUAUUAAGUAAUACAUUAGUUGAGGUGGUUAAGAACAAAAGUGCAGACAACAAAGUGCAUGCAGCCAUGUCAAUGGUAAGUACAGCUUCAGUUUCUAGUUCUCCAAGUGGUUGCUUGUCUGCUGCAAAUCCUCUAGAAGGUGCCAAUAAACCCAUGAAUUACCUUCCUGCCAACAUUACCUCUAGUUCUCAGGCAUUUCCAACUCAUUCUUCUGUUGCAUCAGUACCUCAGUCUGCAUCUCCUAGCGCUCCUGAUUCUACCCCAGGUAAAAGGCAAGGUCGAAAGACCCCAAAUAGAGUUGAAGCACCUAGGCGCAGGGGAAGAAAACCUGUUGUUCCUGAUGCUUCAUCUGUCCAGAAUCCGAAACAUAAUCCACUGGUGAAUAAAGCUGCUGCUGUCAGAAGCAAGGAAGAGACUGCCACUCAUGAGGUGUCAAAUGUUACCCAGGUACCUGCUCCAGAAGUUCAUUUCCCUGGUGGUUUAGUUAGCCAAGAUCAAAAGAGGAAAGACACCCCAGCAAUCCCAGCAUUUAAUCGAAUUCAGACAGCUGAUGUAAAUGAUGUUGCUCGUGUGAUGAAGGAAAUUUUCUCUGAUACCUGCUUACCAAAAGCUAAAGUUGGUGAAUCUUCUGUUAAUGAAAGUAGGAGUCCUCCUGCUGUCCCUGUAUCAAGUAUGGAGGUCGCCAAGAAGGAAGGUUCAGUUAAUGAAGGGUGUUUGAACUUGCCAGCUCAAGAAAAAGCAGCUCCAUCUUCUGAUGUUCCUAUUGAAAAUCAUGAGCAGUCAGGGGCAGAAGAUGAUGUAAAAAGAGAUGAGAGUGGUCCAGUUAAGGAACCAGUUUCUGCAUGUUUGAGCACACAGGCUGUGGAAAAAGAUGCUUCAUCCUAUGAUGUUCAGAUGGAUAAACAUGAAGUGCAGCCUGGGACAGAGGUUAAUGCAAAAGAAAUUACAGCACAAGGAGAGGCAGUUGAUAGUGCUCAUAGUGACCAUGUUGAGGUUUGUGAUGUAGAAGUUAAAGCCACAGAAGUACAAGCAUCUUUGCCAGCUAUGCCAACUUCAGAACUUGAAGUUUCCAAUCUUUCAAAUGAUGACCACAUCAAACCAUCUGGGGUUGUGGCUGAUGGGAAACUUCAUGUUGUGGAUAUGACCCCCACUUUGGAAACCAUUGCUUUGGGACUGGAAUGCAAGGCUACUGUUGAAGAGGGUAACAUGGAGCUUGAUUGUGGGGUGCCUUCAUGUGCUGGCAUACAGAAAUUAGAGGGUCCUGAUGGAGUUGGAAAUAAUAAAGAUGAUGUUCAUGUUGGUAAUGCAGUAGAGAGUGCUGUGACAGACUCUGUCAAGGUUGUCAAUGCUGACAACCUUGUCCAAGCGCAAGCAUCUUUGCCGAAAUCUUCAGAGUUUGUUCACAAUGAGCAUGAUGGACAAGAUCUGUCAGUUGAAGUUGAGAGAUCUGAAGGAGACCAUAUUGAUGUCUGCAAUGUAAAAAACCCCAAAGAAGCAGAACCCAUAGAAGUGGGCACUCUUAAAUCUGUCAACACAGAGCUCACUCAGUGUGAUAAAAGUAGAACUGAGCUCAAAACAGAAGAUACUUGGCCAAAAUCUGGUGACUCUGAGAAUACAGAGCUUGUUAGCAACAAGCAUGUUGGGCAGCAUCUGUCACCAGAAGUUGAAAGUUCUGGGGGUGCCUCUGUUGAAAUCUGUAAUGCUAACAUUGCCUUGGAGUCAAAACCUUUGGAACUGAUCACUGCCAAAUCUGCCAAUACAGAAAGAGGUACCAGGCUCCAGUUGGAAGAUGCUUUGCUGAAAUCUUUUGACCCAGAUAAUGCGGAGCCUGUUAGCAAUGAGCACGCUGGGCAACCACAGCUGACAGUAGAAGUUGCUGAAAACUCCUCAGAAGCAGAACCUAGAGAAGUGAUCCCUGUUGAAUCUGCAAAUAUGGAGCUUACUCAGAAUGACCAAGGGAGAACUGAGCUCCAGUCAGAAGAUCAUUUGCUGAAAUCUGGUGACUCUGAUAACAUGGAUUUUGCUUGCAAUGAGCAUGUUGGGCAACAUCUGUCACUUGAGAUUGAGUUUUCCAAGGGUGAUUCAGUACAGCCCUGCAAUGUAGAAAAACCCUCAGAAGGUGAACCUAUCAUCAACAUCGAAUCUGGCAAUAUACCAAAUGCCCAGGGAAGAACCGAACUCCAGUCUGAGGAUCCUGUGUUGAAAUCUGGUGACUCCAAUGAUAAAGAGCUUGUUGACAAGCACGGUGGGCAACAUCUCUUGCCAGGAGUUGAGAGAUCCAAGGAUGAUUCAGCCCAAGCCUGCAAUGUAGAAGAACCAUCAGAAGCAGAACCUAUGGAAGUCAUUUCUGUUGAAUCUGGAAAUACCCCAAAUGACCAAGGUAGAACCGAGCUGCAGUUAGAAGAUCCUUUGCUGAAAUCUGGUGACUCCAAUAGUAGAGAGUUUGUUGAUAACAAAAAUGGUGGCCAACAUCUCUCACCAGAAGUUGAGAGAUCUGAGGGUGAUUUGGUUCAGGCAUGCUAUGUAGAAAAACCCUUAGAAGCAGAACCUAUGGAGGUCUUGACUGUUGAAUCUGCCAGCACACUGAAUAAUGGUCAAACGAAGCUCCAGUCAGAAGAUCCUUUGCUAAAAUCUGGUGACUCCAAUAGUACAGAGCUUGUUGAUAACAAACAUAGUGGCCAACAUCUCUCACCAGAAAUUGAGAGAUCUGAGGGUGAUUCAUUUCAGGCAUGCAAUGUAGAUAAUCCCUCCGAAGCAGAACCUAUGGAAGUGUUGAGUGUUGAAUCUGCCAGCACACUGAAUAAUGGUCAAACGAAGCUCCAGUCAGAAGAUACUUUGCUAAAAUCUGGUGACUCCAAUAGUACAGAGCUUGUUGAUAACAAACAUAGUGGCCAACAUCUCUCACCAGAAAUUGAGAGAUCUGAGGGUGAUUCGUUUCAGGCAUGCAAUGUAGAUAAUCCCUCCGAAGCAGAACCUAUGGAAGUCUUUAGUGUUGAAUCUGCUAAUGGAUUGAAUGAUGAAGGUCAAACGAAGCUCCAGUCAGAACAUCCUUUGCCAAAACCUGGUGACUCCAAUGAUGCAGAGCUUGUUGACAAUGAGCAUGAUGGGCAACAUCUCUCACCAGAAGUUGAGACGUCCAAGGAUCAUUCAGUUCGAGACAGCAAUAUAGAAAAUCCCCUCGAAGCUGAACCCACAGAAGUCACCAUUGUUGAGCCUACCAAUACAGAGAAUGAUGAAGGUGGAACCGAGCUCCAGCAUGAAGAUCCUAGUGGAAGUCCAAAGCAGCCGGUAGAUGAAAGCGAUGAGGUAAGCGAUAUGGAAAUAGAACCUGUAGAAGCGAAAGUCUCUUCCCCAACUGAGAAUCCCUAAUAAUAUAUCAUCCUUAUUAUUAAUUUAACUGCAUCUAUAGAAUGUAAAUAGUUAGCCAAUCAUGGUUGCAUAGUUGCAUAGUUGCAUCGUAAAUCCCUUCAACUGUUAAGAUAUAAGGGUAGAGCCUUAGCUGGUAUCAUCAGAAGUUGAUGUUUCCUGGUUCUGAAUGAUUUCAGAGAAACCUGUGACAUCAUUAUUUUAAGAUGAAAGGCAAGGCUUCUUUGAACUUACUUUCUUAUGGUUGCAUUACAUUCUGUAGAAAAUGUAUAGCUUAGCACCAUUUAUUCCCUUGAAAAAAAAGAAGAAGAAGUGAAAUUAUACUAACUAAAAUGUAAAAAUUGUA